AUGUUCAUUAAUCGCUGACUAUUCUCAACCAAUCACAAAGAUAUUGGUACUAUAUAUAUACUAUUUGGCGCCUGAGCUGGAAUAGUAGGUACGGCCCUCAGCCUGUUAAUCCGCAUGGAACUUGGCCAACCAGGAGCUUUAAUUGAAGAUGACCAAAUCUAUAACGUUAUUGUAACUGCCCAUGCUUUCGUAAUAAUUUUCUUUAUAGUUAUACCCAUUAUAAUUGGUGGCUUUGGUAACUGACUAGUACCACUAAUAAUCGGCGCCCCUGAUAUAGCAUUUCCACGAAUAAACAAUAUAAGCUUCUGACUACUUCCACCAUCUUUUCUAUUACUACUAGCAUCUUCCACAGUAGAAGCUGGUGCAGGAACUGGAUGGACAGUAUACCCCCCACUAGCCAGCAAUCUAGCCCAUGCCGGGGCAUCAGUAGACUUAGCAAUUUUCUCCCUACAUCUUGCAGGUAUUUCCUCUAUCCUAGGUGCUAUCAACUUUAUCACUACAAUCAUUAACAUAAAACCACCAGCCUUAUCUCAAUAUCAAAUCCCAUUAUUUGUUUGAUCAGUAAUAAUCACAGCAGUACUACUUCUCCUAUCUCUUCCAAUCUUAGCAGCAGGAAUUACUAUACUAUUGACUGACCGCAACUUAAAUACAACUUUUUUUGACCCAACUGGCGGAGGCGAUCCUAUUUUAUACCAACACCUAUUCUGAUUUUUUGGUCACCCAGAAGUUUACAUCUUAAUCUUACCUGGGUUUGGCAUAAUCUCACACAUUGUAACCUUCUAUUCAGGAAAAAAAGAACCAUUCGGCUAUAUAGGUAUAGUCUGAGCAAUAAUAUCCAUUGGAUUCCUAGGAUUUAUCGUAUGAGCCCAUCACAUAUUUACAGUAGGACUAGAUGUAGAUACCCGAGCCUACUUCACCUCAGCUACUAUAAUCAUUGCUAUUCCCACAGGAAUUAAAGUCUUUAGUUGAUUAGCCACUCUUCAUGGAGGAAAUAUCAAAUGAUCACCCGCAAUGCUAUGAGCCAUUGGAUUCAUCUUCCUUUUUACAAUUGGAGGCCUAACAGGAAUUGUCUUAGCUAACUCAUCAUUAGACAUCGUUUUACACGACACCUAUUAUGUAGUAGCUCAUUUCCACUAUGUAUUAUCUAUAGGCGCUGUAUUUGCCAUUAUAGGCGGGUUUGUUCAUUGAUUCCCUCUAUUCACUGGAUAUACACUCAAUAAUACAUGAACUAAAAUUCACUUCACCGUAAUAUUUAUUGGAGUUAACCUAACAUUCUUUCCUCAACACUUCCUAGGUCUUUCUGGAAUACCACGACGAUACUCAGAUUACCCAGAUGCCUAUACACUAUGAAACAUUUUAUCAUCAAUAGGUUCUAUUAUUUCACUCACAGCUGUAAUAUUAAUAAUCUUUAUUAUUUGAGAAGCAUUUGCAUCUAAACGUGAAGUAUCUACUCUAGAACUAACUACCACAAACAUUGAAUGAUUACACGGCUGUCCACCACCUUAUCAUACAUUUGAACAACCAGCAUUUAUCAAAACUUAA